ACUAAUCAGACUGGCUAACCGUGGAGUAAGCACUGCGACUGCGAGACAGUCCCACGGCCAUGUUCGUUGAAGCGAAGAAAGAGAGGCGCGCAGCGCAGCCAUAUAGCUAGGGAGGGCCGAAAAAGGCUACGCCACAGGCUCUUCUGGUCAGAGAGAGAGAGAGACCGUAUUGACUGACAUUGCAGCAAGCAACGAGAAGGGCGGCUUUGGCAGGCCGAGGAGGCCAGAGAAGAGCAGCAGCAGAGAGAGAGAGAGAGAGAGAGAGAGACGAGUUGGGUGCAGUGCAGAGACCAGGGCGGCUUUGGGUUCAAUAAUAUCCCAUCACUCACACGCCACGGCAUCAUUGGCCGCGCUCCCUCCUUCCUCCUCCUGCUCUGCUCGUCUCCUCCGAGUGAGUCCCAACAGCAGCAGCACCACACCAGCGCGGAGCUGCAAAGCUCCUCACGGCUGCUUUCUCGUGGCGCGGUGCAUGGGAGCGCGGCUCUGAGAGGAAAAGAAGAGGAGAAAGGCGCGCAGGGAGGAUGAAGUUCAUGAAGCUGGGCUCCAAGCCCGAUGCUUUCCAGUCCGACGGCGCCGACGUCCGAUAUGUGGCCUCUGACCUUGCAACAGAUGUUGUGGUGCAUGUUCGUGAAGUAAAGUUUUACUUACACAAGUUUCCCCUCAUUUCCAAGAGCAGCAGGCUUCAAAGGUUAGUUCUUAAGGCCACCGAGGAGACGACCGAUGAGGUCCGCAUAGAUGACCUUCCAGGGGGAGCAAAAUCGUUUGAAAUAUGUGCCAAGUUCUGCUACGGGAUGGUGGUCACCCUCAGUCCACACAACGUUGUAGCAGCAAGAUGCGCAGCGGAGUAUCUUGAAAUGACCGAGGAGAUGGAGAAGGGGAAUCUGAUAUUUAAAAUCGAGGUCUUCAUGAACUCUAGCAUACUUCGCAGCUGGAAGGAUUCUAUCAUCGUCCUCCAGAGAACGAAGGCCCUGUCGCCGUGGUCUGAGGAGCUGAAGGUUGUGGGCAGAUGCAUCGAUGCCAUCGCUUCCAAGACAUCUGUGGAUCCUGCCAAUGUGACCUGGUCAUACAGCCAUAAUAACAGCAAGAAGGGAGGAGCUUGUGCUGAAAUAGUCGAGUCGGCAGGAAAACCAUCGAUAGCUCCCAAAGAUUGGUGGGUUGAGGACUUGUGUGAAUUGGAUGUUGACCUGUAUAGGAGAGUCAUGGUUGCUAUCAAAUCCAAGGGGAGAAUGUCACCUGAACUGAUAGGAGAGGCACUUAAGGCAUAUGCGGUUAGAUGGCUGCCAGACUCCUACGAUGCACUGGUUGCCGAGGGUCACAUGAGGAGGAACCAAUGUCUGGUCGAGACACUAAUAUGGUUGUUGCCUUCUGAUAAGAGCUCAGGCUGUUCUUGCAGGUUUCUCUUGAAACUGCUGAAGGUGGCUAUACUAGUGGGAGGCGGGGAGCACGUGAAGGAAGAACUCAUCAGAAGGAUCAGCUUCCAGUUGCACAAAGCUACUGUGAAGGAUCUCUUGCUACCUGCUACCUCGCCGCCUAAUGAUGGUACAUAUGAUGUUCGGUUGGUGCAUGAUCUUGUGCAGAGAUUUGUUGCGAGAACCGCGCUGUCUCAUAAUGGCGGUUUCAUUGAGAAGUCUGAUGAGAAGAUGAUCGAGCUCAACUUUGAGCAAGAAUCAACCUUGGCGGUGGGAGAGCUUGUUGAUGGCUACCUGUCUGAAGUAGCUUCAGAUCAAGCCCCUUCACUGCCUAUGUUUGUUGAACUAGCGACAGCCGUGCCCGAAGCGGCUAGGCCAGUUCAUGACACCCUUUACUAUGCAGUUGAUGCAUAUCUCAAGCAACACCCGGACAUAAAUAAAUCCGAGAAGAAGAAGAUCUGCAGUCUGGUGGAUGUGAAGAAGCUCAGCACGGACGCGUCCAUGCACGCCACGCAAAACGACCGCCUGCCUCUCCGGUUGGUGGUUCAGGUCCUCUUCUUCCAGCAGCUGAGGGCCGGCUCGGGCAAAGAACUCGCCCUGGUUGACAACGGAGAACACGCUUGCACACGGCCUACGCAGGAUCAGUGCGAACCCUGCGAAAGGCGGAUACCGAAGCAUCCAGAGUCACUAGAUAAGCAGGUGACGAGCCUGAGCGCGAGGGAGAGCCGCCAGCACCACCGGACCAGCGACAGCGAGCACAGGGGCGGCGGCAGGAACAGCUUCAAAGACCAGCUCGGGGGCCUCCUGCCGCAGUCGCGGUCCAGGAGGAUCUUCGACAAGCUGUGGAGCAGCAAGGGGCAAGGCGAGCAUGGCGGCAAAGGCUCGGAGACGUCUGGCAGCUCCCAGAGCCCACCGUUGUCAGCAAAGCCUGCAGAAGUGAAGCCCUCCCCUCUUCCCGCUGUUAGGAACAGGAGGUACUCUGUUUCAUAGUUUUUUUUGGCUCUCCUAGUUUAGAGCUCUGGGUUAGGUUGCUGUACAGAAGGAAGCUAAUCACUGCUGCCCAUCCUUUUUGUAAGCAGAUCAACCUGCUGUUCUCAAUGUGAUCAUCCAUGCUGUAGCUUUUACUCUAGUGUAAUUCCAACUGGGAGCAGAGAUUCGCCAGGGCCUGCGUUCUUGAAAAUGUUAUUUUUUGAA